AUGUGGUUGAUAGUUGGUCUGAUUGUCUCGUUUGUGCUCUUCUAUGACCUGAGUUUGAAGCUGGUCUAUUUGUUCAAGGCCAAGAGAGCUGGUGUGCGACCAGUGGCCAUGUACGUGAAUUGGCCGUUUGGAAUUAGAAACCUCUACAUGUUCCUAAAGUCAACAAAGAAUCGCAACGCAUUGGAGCAAACGGUUAUUACCAUGCGUAAGAAGAAGGAGCGCACGUUUGCUAUGGAGAUUUUGGGUAUGAUGAACGUUGUAACCCGAGAUCCAGAGAAUGUCAAGGCGGUGUUGGCAACCAACUUCAAAUCUUUCGAUCUUGGACUGAGAGAAGCUCAACUCAGCUACUUCUUGGGCAGUGGUAUUUUCACAUUGUCCAGUCACGGAUGGAAACACUCUCGCAAUCUUUUGCGGCCGCAAUUCUCUCGCGAGCAGGUUGCUCAGAUCGAAUCGCUGCGUCGUCAUGCAACCAGUUUGGAGAAGAUUUUGGACAAGGGCGAGUUCGUAAACAUUCAGCACCUAUUCCAUCAGCUCACAAUGGAUACUGCGACAGAGUUCCUGUUUGGUGAGAGUGUUGAUUCCCUUGACAACUCCCAGAGAGUUGUUAACGGCGUAUCUGCUGCGGAGUUUGUCGAGGCUUACACGCUUUGUUUGCGUUGGUCGCUUAUCCGCAUUCAGUUUGGACCUCUUUAUAGGCUCAUCACUUCUAGCGAGUUCCGCAAGGCUAUUGCUCGAGCCCGUCGCUUUGUCGAGUACUUUGUCCAGCAGGCCUUGGAUCGUCCAAUUGACAAGGACGAGUCCUCUUAUGUUUUCACCCACGAGCUUGCCAAAGUAACACGUGACCCUGUUGUGAUUCGUGAUCAGGCAUUCAAUGUUUUGCUUGCUGGGCGUGACACCACAGCGUCUCUGCUCUCCUACACUCUGUGGCAUUUAUCCCACAACCCCGAGAUCUAUGCCAAGCUUCGUGAGGCCGUGAAGAACCAAUUUGGAGAAGAAAGCACCGAAGAAGUCACAUUUGAGGGCUUGAAGCGCUGCAAGUACCUGCUGAAUGUCAUCAACGAAACUCUCCGAAUUAACCCCACUGUGCCUCGUAACACCCGCACUGCUACUCGAGACACAACUCUUCCUCGUGGUGGUGGCCCUAACGGUGACGAGCCUGUUUUUAUCCCCAAGGGAAUGCCUGUGGUCUACUCUGUCUAUGAAAUCCACCGCCAGCCUGAACUGUGGGGCCCUGAUGUCGAGGAGUUCCGUCCCGAGCGUUGGGAUACCCAUAGUUCGCACGGUUGGGAAUAUCUGCCUUUCAAUGGCGGGCCCCGUAUCUGUUUGGGCCAGCAGUUUGCUUUGACCGAGGCUUCGUUCACCGUCAUGCGUAUUGCUCAGAAGUACGAGCGUCUCGAGCUUCUGGACGCCACUGCUCCUUUGGUCAACGAUGUGAGCUUGACUUCUAUGAUCGACGGAGGUUUUAUGCUCAAAUUCCACCCUUCAAAAGUCUAUCAGUAA